CGUGGCUAGCGUUUGGAGGAACCGAGCGGUCGAUAUACAUAGGCAGUGCCACGAUGAUUAAGAUUGGACUCAUUUUAGUGGUUUUUGUCUGCAUGUGCAAAGGGGAGAGUUGCCUGGAUCCAGUCAUUAGACCAUCAACAUACACGACCAAUGAUGCUGUCAUCUCAUCCGAAUCUGUCUUCAUUGUGGAGCUCAGCUUGUCAUGUGCCAAUGGAGUACAAAGUGUGGCAUUGUAUGCAGAUGUCAACGGAAGGCAGUUUCCAGUGACCAGGGGCCAGGAUGUUGGGAAGUACCAGGUGUCGUGGAGUCUUCCACACAAACAGGCCAGCUCGGGGACAUACCAAGUCAAAUUCUUCGAUGAGGAGUCCUACAGUGCACUGCGCAAGGCUCAGAGGAAUAACGAGGAUAUAGACACAAUCAAGCCCCUCUUCUCGGUCAAUGUGGAUCACAGAGGAGCAUGGAGUGGCCCUUGGGUGUCUACAGAAGUGCUGGCUGCUGCUAUUGGCAUCUUGGUUUACUACUUUGCAUUUAGCACUAAGACUACGAUCCAGGCUUGAAAAGGACCCCCACAACUCGCAUUGUUGUAUUAUCACCUCCUCAAAUACCUCCAUACGUUGACCUAAAUAUGACCAUGUUGUGGUUUUUUUUUUUUUAACUUGAUCUAUAAUGGUCUUUAUUGUUAUGCUGGAUAGAAUUUUGUGAGCGUUGUCCAAUGUGCAUUAAUAACAGUUCUCUAAUAUCUAUCUAUUUAUGUAUUUAUUUUUAUUAAGUUUGACAGUGUAUUUUUUAUUUAUUUAUUUAUUUUUGUUCAUGGUUGUAUUGAAACAGUUCUGAAACAGUAUCUGUUUGCUUUUGGCCGUUUUUCUUUAAAUUGUGGGUGUGCGUUUAUUUCCGUCGCUCUGGUUUUACUGUAGAACCCUCUGGUUACAAAAUUAUGAACACAAGGGGGCAGCCAAACACUUUCUAUGUGCUUCGCCAUUAAAUAACAAAUUCAGCUUCUAUAUGUUGUGCUGUUUUAAGUACUGUUGGUAAUGCAGAAUUAUUUAUCAUUACUACUGUGUUCCAGUCUAAAAUAUGUUUUUCGCAAAUGUCCAGUAGUUGUUCAAAAUGACUUGCUAAAGCUGGUGAUGUCGAUAGAAACCCUGAAAGUGGGAUUUUGGCAGUACAUCUGGUAUGGCACUGUUAAGCAUGGUGCUCAGUAUGUUGGUCAUGACAUUAAAAGGAAGUUUAAGGUGAA